AUGGCGCGAAAUUCGGAAAAGGCGCAGAGCAUGCUCUUUCGCUUCCGCGAAGCGCAAGCAGCAGACCUGGGCAUCAUCGACAUCGGCCGGACAAGGCGGCCGAGAGUCAUCACCGAAGUCGACUCGAUACCCUCUUGCGAAAAAUGGCGUGGCCAGGUGCUGAAGGAGAUCUCGCGCAAGGUCUCCAAGAUCCAAGACACGGCACUGAGCGACUACCAGAUCCGCGACCUCAACGACGAGAUCAACAAGCUCAUGCGAGAGAAGUACAUGUGGGAGGUGCAAAUACGAAACCUCGGCGGUCCAAACUACAUGCGCGGGGGCGGCAAGAUAUACGACGAGCAAGGCCGAGAGAUACCGGGAGGAGGCAAGGGGUACCGCUACUUUGGACGAGCGAGAGACCUCCCCGGCGUCAAGGAGUUAUUCGAAGCCGCCAAGGCCAAGGCUACGGACGAGAAGCCUCUGGAAACGAGAGACGACUUGCGGAAACAGGUCGACGCCGCCUAUUACGGCUACGCACCAGACGAGGAGGAUCAGGAACUGCUUGCGUACGAGCUUGCCAAGGAAGAAGAAGCGUUCGAGCACAUGUCCAAGACAGGCAAGCAGCAGCCGCCGCCCGACUGGGAGCCAUUGCCAGGCGACACCGGGGAUGGAAAGGGCUGGGAGUUGCCGACUCUGGAAGAGGUGCAGGAGGAGCUGAUCAACAGGCGGCGGCAGAAGCUGCUGGACCAAUUAUAG